UAGAAAAGGGACCCACAUUCAAAAAAGCUGCAACAGAUCUCAAGAAAAUCAAACGGUUGAUACAACAUCAACUCGUACGUGAAAAAAAACCCUUUGUACUGCUAAUCUCCGUCGUACUAUAUACCUGAAUCUUCUUUCCUUUUCAUCCCCUUUGAGUUUUAACCCUUCUACUUUACUCCCUUUUGCAUGGCGAAUCCGAAUAUUGUAAUUAAGCAAGAAAUUUUAGAUGAUAAUAAUAAUAAUAAUAAAGUGAACCCGGCGGUGAAGAAAUCGUCACCGUCGGUUUUUAUUGAUCUAAGCAGUAGUGACGAAUCCGACGACUCAGAUUCCGACGGUUUUGUGGGUUCUAAUAAUAGACCGAAGAAGAAGAGGAAGAGUGUUGAUGAAGGAGCGUUACCUUUAGGUUUUUUGGAUCCUCUACCACAACCUCCACUACAGUUACCUGCUCCUCCACCGACUAAUAAUAAGGGUAAUUUAGGUAAUACUAAUUUGGAGAGUAGUGGUAAGCAGUUUUGGAAAGCUGGUGAUUAUGAAGGAGCUUCUUCUUCUACUACUAAUGGAGGAUUAUCUUCAGGUGGUAUAGAUCAUGUCAGAGUUCAUCCCAGAUUCCUACAUUCCAACGCCACAAGUCAUAAGUGGGUGCUUGGAGCUUUUGCCGAGCUUUUGGACAAUGCAUUGGAUGAGGUCUCCAACGGAGCAACAUAUGUGAACAUAGAUAUGGUCCAAAACAAAAAAGAUGGGAGCAGGAUGCUUCUGAUUGAAGAUAAUGGUGGUGGAAUGGAUCCUGAUCGAAUGAGGCAUUGCAUGUCGCUAGGAUAUUCUGCGAAAAGCAAAAUGGCAGAUACUAUUGGGCAGUAUGGAAAUGGAUUCAAGACAAGUACCAUGAGGCUUGGAGCUGAUGUGAUUGUUUUCUCUCGUUCUGGUGGGAAACCAGGGAAAAGCCCCACACAGAGCAUUGGAUUGCUGUCCUACACAUUCUUGCGAAGCACAGGAAUGGAAGACAUCAUUGUUCCCAUGCUUGAUUAUGAAAAAAGAGAAGGGUGGGACAAGAUAAUACGAUCAUCUACUAGUGACUGGGAUCGAAAUCUCGAAACCAUAAUUGAGUGGUCCCCUUUUUCAAGUGAAGCUGAUCUUCUUAGACAGUUUAAUCCGAUGAAAGGUCAGGGGACUCGGAUUAUAGUAUACAAUUUGUGGGAGGAUGAUCAAGGACUACUUGAGUUAGAUUUUGAUGCAGAUCCACAUGAUAUUCAAAUAAGAGGAGUCAACCGUGAAGAGAAGAGCAUACAGAUGGCUAAACAGUUCCCAAACUCCCGGCAUUUCUUGACAUAUAGACAUUCGCUAAGGAGCUAUGCAUCAAUUCUAUACCUAAGAAUUGCUCCUGGCUUUCGGAUUAUUCUGCGCGGUAAAGAUGUUGAGCACCAUAACAUAGUAAAUGAUAUGAUGCUGACCCAGGAGAUCACAUAUCGCCCUAUGCCUGGUGCGGAUGGAGUACCCAAGGAUUCAAACAUGGUGGCUACUGUGAAAAUUGGGUUUGUAAAGGAUGCUAAAGCUCAUAUAGAUGUUCAAGGGUUUAAUGUCUAUCAUAAAAAUAGACUUAUUAAGCCAUUUUGGAGGCUAUGGCAUGCUUCUGGAAGUGACGGUCGUGGAGUUAUAGGUGUAUUAGAAGCCAAUUUUGUUGAACCAGCUCAUGACAAGCAAGGGUUUGAGCGUACGAUAGUCCUUCAAAGACUUGAAUCACGAUUAGUGCAGAUGCAGAAAACUUAUUGGUCAACUCUUUGUCACAAAAUUGGCUAUGCUCCUAGGCAGAAUAAGAAAGCUAUUUCACAAGAGAAUUCUCCUGGUUAUCCUUCUUCAGCAUCUCAAUCGAAGUAUAAGAGUUCAGCAAAGUCAUCUGAGAAGAGUAAUGGUGUUGGGCAUCUAAAUGGCAAGCAUGAUAGCAAAUCCAGAAGAUCUGGAAAGAUACCAAGUUUUAUUGAGCCACCAACUUCUGCCGAAGAUGACAGCGAUGAAGAUGUCCAAGUUGACCUUCCAAAAAAUCAAUCAGGUGGACAUCAGAAGUAUACUUAUGGAAAAGAUGGCUCUCGGGUUAUGCAUUCACCGCCAGGCUUUGGACAAAGAGUUGCUGAGCAAGUACGUUCCCCUGGUGGAAGCCUCAAGCGAGUUACUAGAAGUUCAAGAUCAAAGGGAGAUGCUUGUGAGAAUGAGGAUGUGCUGCCAGAUAACCUCAUGGAGUCUCUAGAGCAGUUAAAAGCAGAGAAUCGUGAACUUAAAGAAAGGUUGCGGAGGAGAGAGGAAGAGAUUUUAGGUGAUCUGUUGCGUGAUUUACAGCAAGAAAGAGAUAUGCGCAAAUCAGUUGAUGCUCAGCUGCAGGAGGCAACUAGAAAAAUAGAGGAACUUAACAAGGAGCAAGAAAGUUUGAUAGACAUAUUCACAGAGGAGAGACAACGCCGCGAUGUGGAGGAGGAGAACUUGAGAAAGAAGUUGAAGGAUCAAUCAAGUACUAAGCAAGAGCUUCUUGAGAAGGUGCAGGUUUUGGAGAAGACGAGGUCUGCCAGUCGUAGGUAGAUUAAUUCAUCUAGGAAACCUCACUGUCCCUCUUGGUUGUCCAAUGCUGUAUAUAUAAUGAGUUAGCCUCGCACCAAAAUUUGUAGAGACAUCACCUUGGUGCAACGGCUUUAGUCUAAUUGCGCUCCAAUGCUCUUGAGCUCCGGCACACAGGUGUUGCUCAUUUUUCUCCAAGUUUUAGUUGUGCCUAGUCCAGUAGGAUAGUUCAGAUCGAACCUCAGUUCUCAGUUACCUUUUGAUCUUGAACCCUCUUUUGUUCUUAGCUUUGAGGAGUGCUAGAAUUAACAUUUUGUGCUGCCUUACAAGGUUAGGAGGAAUAUCAUUGCCAAAUAUUUGGCAGGAUGAUGUGCACUUGUAUUGUAAAUAUUCUGGAAAAUGGCAGACUUUGCGGUGAUAAUUUACUAGGCAUUGCAGUACA